AUCAGGAUCAAGGGCGCGCGCAGCACAGAUCUACAAAACAAAAUGUCCGCCGAUGAGUCACCGUCGAUCCAGUGUGUUUAUAACUAAAACAUGAGGAAGAGUUCAGGCGGGAAUGUGAAUGGUCUUGUUAAAGCUCUAGUCCAGCAGAAGAGAUCAUCAUGACCGACUGGAAGAAAAUGAGCAAAGAUGAGCUGGAGCUUCAGUACUCACCGAGUCGCUGGUCACACAGGAUGUCCGCAGGUGACGUGAUCAGAGCCCAUGUGGCAGCUUUAAAAUCAGGCACGGAGAAAGCUCGAGCUGUCACUCACACUUUGAUUGACGUGCCGUAUGGUGAAGGUGACGGAGAGAAACUGGACGUUUAUAUUCCCAGCAGCUCUAGUCCAGAUCUGCCGCUGGUGAUUUACUUUCAUGGAGGUUACUGGCAGUUUCUCAGUAAGGACGAGUCCGGGUUCCUGGCCGUCCCGCUGGUCCAGAAGGGCGUGGUGGUGGUCGCCGUGGGUUACAGUAUCGCUCCUAAAGGGAACAUGGAUCUGAUGGUGUCACAGGUGCGCAGGAGCGUGGUGUCAGUGAUCCAGCAGUAUUCACACAUCAGCGGGCUUUACCUGUGUGGUCAUUCUGCCGGAGCGCACCUGGCUGCUAUGGUUCUGUCCACCGAUUGGUCCCAGUACGACAUAUCACCGCAAAUCAAAGGUGCUUUUCUCGUCAGCGGCAUUUAUGACCUGCAGCCCAUCCUGUCCACAUACGUGAACGAGCCGCUGAAGAUGAACGAGGAAGUGGCGUUAAGGAACAGCCCAAGUCACUUCCUGUCGCAGCUCAAAGUCUCAUCUUCUUCCUGUGACAUCAUCGUCGCUGUGGCGCAGAACGACUCGCCCGAGUUCCGAAAGCAGUCGGAGGAAUACUUCAAAGCUUUGGAAUCUGCCGGUCUUAAAGUCUCUUUUGAAGAUGUUCCCAACACUGAUCAUUUCAGCAUCAUAGAGCAACUCGUUGAUGAGAAUUACCACCUCACAAAGCUCCUACUAAAGAUGAUGGGGAAAAGUUGACGAUUGUCAGAUUACCCAGAAUGCACUGCUCUGGAACAGACCUGUGAGUUGACCUCAGAAUGACCUGACUCUUGGUCCAAUCAGACACUAGUAUUAAUCAUCAUCCGUUUGUGUAUGUCGGUACAUUCAGAGCUGUGUAAUGUUUUCUGCUGCGGUCACAUGACUGUCUUUAUAAUGUUAUUUAAAUGUUUUUAAAUGUACCAUUUGAUGAUUUCAAGUGACAAGCAAAUGUGACUCAGAUGAGAUGGAUCAGUCACAAAUGAAUAUAGCAGUUAUUUGACAUUAAUUUGACACAUUAAUGCACGGUUUAUUUGGUUGUACAAGAGUAUUUUGUUUCAAGUUUUAAUUGAAUUGGCAGAGAUUGGCUGCUGGAAAAACAGGUUUAAACCAGUCUAGCCCUGGUCAAACCGGUCUGGUUUGAUGUUUCAGUGGGAUUUUAGGUAUUUGGUUAACUAAUCACUCAUCUUACCUGACUGGAUUAAACAUUUUUAUCAAGAUAACUCUGUGUGAAUAUGUUAGUGUGUGUGAUUUGAGGCAUUUUCUAUUCAAUAAAAUGCUGAUAUGAA